AUGAGUAUCAAUAUAUAUAUAUAUAUAUGCAAACUCCAACCCACACUUAUUCAUCACUCUUUUAUCUUCCUUCAAUCUGAUGAGCCAAGAAACCUAGAGGAAACAAUGUCACAGAAAGUAGGACCUUUCGGCGGUAACAAAGGAUAUGCAUUCGACGAUGGUGUCUUUGGUUAUGACGAUGUGAAGAAAGUGAUUGUUGGGGAAGACGAUCACGGCGUGAUUUAUAUGAAAAUCGAAUACGUCAAAGACGGAAAAUUCGAGACACGAGUACACGGAAAAACUACCGAAACUCUCAAAGAGUUUGAACUUAACAAUCCAGACGAAUACAUCACAUCAAUUCAGGGAAGCUAUAGCGAUGUUUCGAAAUAUAAUUCAACUGUUGUGAAGACGCUUAUAUUCAAGACAUCACACGGGAGAACAUCUCCAAUGUUUGGUAAGACGGCGUUUUUCAAAACAGAUUUUGUGAUGGAAGGUAAAGGUGGAGCCAAGCUUAUCGGGUUCCAUGGAAGGUCGGGUGAUGCUAUUGAUGCCAUAGGAGCUAACUUUUUCGCGUCUUCCCCGCCUCUGAAGCAGUUAGAACCUCAAGGUGGAAAUGGAGGAAGUGCUUGGGAUGAUGGCGUUUACGACGGUGUAAAAAAGAUCUUGAUUGGACAAGAUGGAAAUCGCAUAAGCUAUGUUAGGUUUGAGUACGUUGUUAAAGGAAGCACAUCGAUACCACAUUCUCAUGGAAAGAGAAAACAAGAACCGAAAGAGUUUGUGCUGGAUUAUCCAAAUGAACAUAUUGCAUCAGUGGAAGGAACUUAUGAUGGUUUUGUCACAUCGGUAACCUUCAAGACAUCAAAGGGGAAAACUUCUGCUACAUUUGGAAACGCGAUUGGUACGAAAUUCGUCUUUGCGGAAAAAGAUUUCGUGCUUGUAGGAUUCCGUGGACGAUCCAGUGAUCUCAUCGAUGCUCUCGGAGCACAUUUUGCGCCUGCACCACUUAAUGUUCCCGUGCCAGCUCCGGCUAAGAAAUUGGAAGCAAAAGGCGGAAACGGAGGAGCCGCAUGGGAUGAUGGUUUCUAUGAAGAUGUUAGGAAGAUAUAUGUAGGACAAGGUGACUCAGGUGUGUCCUUUGUCAAAUUUGAGUAUGUUAAUGGCAAGGAGCUUGUAGCUGGAGUUGGUCAUGGGAAGAUGUCACUUCUUGGAACAGCGGAGUUUGUGCUAGAUUUUCCAAAUGAAUACAUCGUAUCGGUGGAGGGAUGUUACGAUAAUGUCUUUGGAAUUGAAGCCGAGUUGGUGACGAUGCUUAGAUUUAUGACAAAUAAACGUACAUCUCCACCGUUUGGGCUCGAUGCAGGCACACCGUUUACGUUGGAGAUGAAAGACCAUAAGAUCGUUGGAUUCCAUGGCAAAGCUGGAGAUUUUGUUCAUCAAGUUGGUGUCUACGUCUCGCCAAUCUCAAGUCUUAAACCUUUGAGAGCUCUCUCUAGGCUUACUAAAAUAAAAUGAAAAAGCCCUAAAUGCUUGUUGCUCCUCUGCUUCUAGCUACUCUCUUUAAACUAUGUGUUGUGUGUUCUCAUGUCGUUGGUUUGUUGAUCUGUAUGUUUCUUGUGAUGAAGUGGUCUGUCUCUUUAAAUAAGGUAUCGUUUGUGUUGGAAUAGACAUAAGACAUCUACGUCCAAUAAUCACAAAAUCUUUUAUCAGGAUUUGGGUUGGAAUUUGUAUCGAGUAAAAAGGAUUGAUUUGUUUGA